ACAGCGUAUUCUUUUAUCAAAACAGUUUGAACAAUAUCUGUUAAUUGGUAAUCAUGGUAUUCUGUAUUUUGGUAAUGGUGUAUUAUCAUACUCUUCUUCAUUUCUUAAUGUGCAAUGCCUAUAUUUUGUUAAUCUAUCUUCUUUAAUACAAUGUGAUUUGUGA